AAAAGCAGAUUGUUCGUGUAGAACUCCUCAAGGCGAGAAGCUCAGAGGUCCACGAACGAUUCGUGCAUGCAUGCAAGCUUCGGGCUUAGGUUUCGAGCUUUGCAACGGUGUGCGGCGUCGCGUCCACUGGAUGUGAACGAUGGGCCCGCGCACAUCCGCGGUCCAUCUCGCAUCAUAGAUCGUUCAGAUCGUAGGAGGGAGGAUUAGAGAAUGCUCACCGGGAAGGAAGUGGGGACUCUGAUGCGGUGUGGACGGGUGGUUUCCGGUGGAAGAUGUAUCUGGGAGUACAGCUGUGCACCGCACGUGUUCCCCGCAUUGAUGAGUAGAUUGGCAAGCCCUGCUCAACUGGGAAAAGUUCGGACGAUAGAUAGCAUAUGACGAUGGUGGAUUAGAUUUCAUCUCGCUCGC